AGCAGAAGUCACUCCUGUGACUCGCUUGAAAGUUCACAUCAAUUGCACCGCCAUCUCGAGGAGAAACAUCCAAAUACGCCAUGGAAAAAAGAGAACACCAAAAGCAAGAGGCCAAGAACCGAGUCCUUCCUUCUUGGAUCCAACUGGGAUCCAUCCAUGACAGCGAAUGUCCUUCCCACCACAUCCAGAAUCCAGCACUGGACAUGCGAUUUUUGACAGACUCAGUGGUCGUCAACGACGAAUGCAAAAGACCUGCAGCAGCAUUGACUUGGAAGGCGUUGGGUAACGUAGUCUUACGAGCGGAGCAAACCCCGCGACGAAUCCUUCGACAGUGUCUUCUUUAGCCUUUUCCUCGUCUUCGUUGGCUCGCUCAUCUCUGUGCCGGUGGUCUCUCUCUGGAAUCUCAUUCUUUUCUGCUUACCUCUUUCAUGUCCCCUUCACAACGUCUCUUCCAGCGUUGAAUGGAUCAGAGAGACGAGGAUGAGAGGGGGCAACGAUCGUGAGCAUACGCAGGAGUACCACCCACGGCCAUGUCGCCACCAUGGUUGCGGCUUUGUAGUCCCUGAGGUGUGUUCUUCCUGCCCUUCGCCUUGGGUUGGGGGGUGCGUCUUCCAGUUGUGAUCCAUGAGGAAGGUGGAGUCGGAGUCGUGGCUGGGCCGCAUGGGACUCGUGCGAGGGAGCGAGCGGAGGAAGGGCGGCGCAGCAGAGCCGACGAAGGCGGCCACGGUCGGGGUUCUCACCUUCGAGGUGGCAGGGCUCAUGUCCAAGGCCGUCCAACUAUGGCACGCCCUCGCUGACGACCGCGUCGCCCGCCUCAGUGACGAGGUCCUCCGCCUCGAGGGCGUCCGCAAGCUUGUGUCCGACGACCGCGAGUUCCUCCUCGCCCUGGCCGUCGCUGAGAUGACGGACGCCAUCGGGUCCCUGGCCCGCGCCGUGGCCCACCUCGGCUGGCGCAGCUGUGACCCUGCGCUGCAGCGGUUCGACGCCGCGUACGCGGAUCUCGUCAAGACCGGAGCCGACCCACGCGGAUUCGAGUACGCCGGGCGGAAGAUUGAGGGAAAGGUGAAGAAGAUGGAGGGGUUCGUCGCCGCGAGCGCCGACCUGCACAACGAGCUCGAGGUGCUGGCAGAGCUCGAGCAGGAGCUGCGACGGAUGCUGGCCAACCCCGACGACAGCGGCCACCUACAAGGGAGUGUCGACGAUUUCAAGAACAAGGUGCUGUGGCAGCGGCGGCAAGUGAAGGACCUGCGCCAGGCCUCGCUGUGGGACACGCCCUACGAUUUCGUCGUCCGCUUGCUGGGCCGGUCCCUCUUCUCGAUCGUCGGAAGGAUAAGGCAAGUCUUCCGAUUCCAGUUCGAGGAAGAAGCCACGGGAAAGUCCGGCGCCCACCUCGCCCGCUGCCACUCCAUCGCCGGCUCCAUGCCGCUCUCCGUCCAUUGUUCGCACCUAGACGCGGUCCACAUGUUCGCCUCCGGUCCGACCACCAUCAACCGCAGAGAAUUCGCAGGACAGUGUCUUCCUGCCACAACCGGCUCGCCUCCUCCCGCUCGGAAGCGCCAGAAUUCUCGAACCUGGUGGCCGGUCCGCCGUGGACCUUUCGGUGACUGCAUGGUUGGUGGCGACAAGCCCGCAGUCCUGCUGAGCUGCAUUCCCUUGGAAACAGCCCUCCGGAAGUCGAUCGUGACGCCGCUGGCUCUCAACAGAGCUGAUGGUGCAAGCGCAGAGGCUAACCUCGAAGGCGACAUGGUCAACAUCAAUCUUUUCGUGUCCAUGAUCGAGCCCAGGUUCCAGCUGCUCAUCGCUCCGGCAUCCACGCUCGGUGGUGCAGCUCUGGCUCUGCACUACGCCAAUGUGAUCAUCGUCAUCGAUAAUCUCGCGGCAUCUCCCCAUUGGAUCGGUCCAAACGCCAGAGAUGACCUGUACAACAUGCUAACGACGAGCAUCAAAGCAGCUCUAAGAGCAAAGCUAAGAACAUUCGCAAAGACUACGGCUUUGUCGGUCUACGACCCAGUUCUUGCGGCAGAGUGGAGCGCGGCGGUAAGGAAGAAGUUGGAGUGGCUGGCGCCGCUCGCUCAUAACAUGAUCCGGUGGCACUCCGAUCGGAGCUUCGAGCGGCAGAGUCUGGCCUCGAGCUCUACCGUUCUCCUGCUGCAGACGCUCUAUUUUGCGGAUCGAAAGAAGACGGAGGAUGCCAUCACUGAGCUACUUGUUGAUCUGAACUACCUGUGGAGAUACAGGAGGGACUCGAACGCAGAGACCAUGUCGAACUGUGUCAGCAGUAGACAAUUUGAUGGCUGCUUGCAGAUACAGGUUGAUGUCGAUGCUUGCUCUGCAACGUAGGGGUUUUGGAUAUCUUUAUCUGCAUGGUUCAUUCUCUCUGUAAUUGCUUAUCGAUAAGAAUCAUAAACUGUAGUGCUCGCUAGUUGGAUGAUGA